AUGGAGGUUGCUGAGAGCAGAGAACAGGCCUCCGUUGGACCGACAACGGGGGCAGACUCCAACAUGACCAAUGGCGGGCGGAAUCCCUUUCUGGAUGACCCUCUUAUGGAUGAUGGACGCUCGAGUAGCUUGAGUGAGAUCGACGAUGUAUCCGAUAACGAUCUCUCCGACUUUGACGAUUCUCCAAAGCCAGAAAGGCAAUUGGAAAAUGAUUCGGAGGCAGAAACCGAGCGCAUCGAGGACUCUCCUCACAAUGUUCGAAAGCGCGACAUUGUACUCAGUGCCGGUAGCGCUGGGCCUAGUCCGAGCAAGCUUCACCAGUCCACAACAUUAGCAGACGUCGACGACGAAGAGCCUAUGGCGGACGAUUCCCCGAGUAAAGUGCGGAGACUGUCUCAAAACAACGGAUUGGUUGACGAAGACUUGGAUCUUGAAGAUAUUGAGCUUCCUGAUAGCAUCGGCAAAAAGCGAAAGCGCGUUGAGGCCGGCGACGAAACCGGGACCGAGAUGGGCGAUGACGAGCCUUUCAAGAAGCGCCGAAACUCCAUCAAGAGCGAGUUGAGUGACCCGAUCGACGAAGAUGACGAGCCUCUUUCGCCGGAACCUCUCGAUGAGCCCCUAGAAGAUCCCACCUCUAUGAAUGAAGAUGACACCCCCGCCGACGAUGUCCCCGACAUUGAUCUCCCUGCCGUACUAUCCAAAGCCAAUAAGGGCAAGAAGGGCGGACGCAGAGGAAGAAAAGCGGCAGAUGGGGAUGAAGAAACUGAAGGCGGCACCGAGGCUGCGGCCGAGGAUGUUGCAGAUGACAAUCUUGGAGAGGAAGAGGAGCCUACGGAACGAGGCGACGAACCUGUCGAUGCCGAGACAGCUGCCAGAGUUGAAGAAGAGUCCGCGAAGAAGACGUCUGCUAUGGAGUCAUUGACAACAUUAGAAAAGGAAUUCGCGCUUUUGCGCGACAAGAUCUUCGAUGAACGAAUUUCAAAGCUCAAUCGCGAGCUUGAAAUGUUAACCGGGCCGAAUCCUACCCACCCCGAGUACCUGCGACAGAUAGAAUGUGUGGAACGCCACAGGGAUGCCAAGCUCAAGUACGAGGAAAACUUGUAUCGCUACCGUAUGAAGGCUCUUUUGAACAAGAGUCUCGCGGAGCGAUCCCAAGCACAUAGCACCUACUUUCAGCGCAUACGAGACGUGCGCGAGGGUCAUUCAAGUUCCAUCAGCAAACAGUUCUAUGCUAUCCAGCACGACCGAUUCAAGACCGAUGAGUCAAGUCCCAACCACAACAUCCCAUUCCCCACCCGUCGUUCUCAGCAGAUCGCGCACCAGACGGCCUACAACCACGAAGUCUCAGUCAUGGCUGGAGUUGCCAAAUACGUCGGCUUCCCGGCUGCACCGACCUUGUUAGGAGCACGACCGUCCGAACUCGAGGAUGAUUUGGAGAAAAUGGGGAUCACUGUUGAGACUCGCACUUUGGUUCCACGGCAUUCGUCAGCUGCAGUACCUCGUGCUCCCACGUCGGCUAUGUCAUCAAACGUUUUCCGUACUGCUGCCGAAGCCGAGGAAGCUUUCCUUGAGCAAACGCCUUGGGCCAACCCGCAGCACCCUAUUCACCAACAGCAGCCACAUCAGAACCAAUACACACAACAACAUCGACCACAUGGGCUAGCAUUUGAGUCGGCACAGCAAUCUUCAAUUGUAACGCCAGCUGCACAGAAGCGCAUGGUGGAUAUUAAUGCGCCAAACGGCUCUGCGUCCACAAUUCCCGAGAAUGCGUCUGCGGCCAAUUCAUCAGCGAAUAAUACCCCCUAUGGCACCGAGCAAGAAGCGCGGCAUCAAGGGCAAGGCCCCUUCCGGAACCCAGAUUACGACAUAGAGCACAAAUCUGGCUUCCGAUCCCAAAGUUCCUCUCCGCUAGACUUGCGGAAAACCCAACCUCACCCUACGACCCUCGACCGCCGCUCCCCAGCACCUGAAUCCUCUCAUCCCAUCUUCUCUCCACCACCCGCUAGACAGAGCCUUUUCCAAUCCUCCGUACCCCCGAAAUCAGAUGCCUCACCUCCACUCCCAAGCAAACCAGUUGAUGCGUUGCAUUACCGACCCGAGAUAUCAGCAGGCUCAGGACCAAACAUGCCCCCACGCUAA